UCUGGGCUGGGACGUCUCAGUGCCUCCUGGUCCAUACAGUCAGUCGUCUGCCCGGCCCGUUCCGACCCCGGUCCGAACAGCCCAUUUGCCCUAGCUCAGCCUCUCCAGCCCACUCCCAGCCGCAGCCAUGGACGCCAUCAAGAAGAAGAUGCAGAUGCUAAAACUUGAUAAGGAGAAUGCCAUUGACAGAGCCGAGCAAGCAGAAGCCGACAAGAAACAAGCAGAAGACCGCUGCAAGCAGCUAGAAGAAGAACAGCAGGGACUCCAGAAGAAGCUUAAGGGUACAGAGGAUGAGGUGGAAAAGUACUCCGAGUCUGUGAAAGAUGCCCAGGAGAAACUGGAGCAGGCGGAGAAAAAAGCCACUGAUGCUGAAGCAGAUGUGGCCUCCCUGAACCGGCGUAUCCAGCUGGUAGAGGAAGAGUUGGACAGGGCCCAGGAACGUCUGGCCACAGCUCUUCAGAAGUUGGAGGAAGCAGAGAAAGCAGCGGAUGAGAGCGAGAGAGGAAUGAAGGUCAUUGAGAACCGGGCCAUGAAGGACGAGGAGAAAAUGGAGUUGCAGGAAAUGCAACUAAAGGAAGCCAAACACAUUGCAGAGGAUUCCGACAGAAAAUACGAGGAGGUGGCCCGGAAGCUGGUGAUCCUAGAGGGGGAGCUGGAGCGCUCAGAGGAGAGAGCAGAAGUGGCUGAGAGUAAAUGUGGGGACCUAGAGGAGGAACUGAAAAUUGUUACCAACAACCUGAAAUCCCUGGAGGCCCAAGCCGACAAGUAUUCCACCAAAGAAGACAAAUAUGAAGAGGAGAUUAAACUGCUGGGAGAUAAACUGAAGGAGGCUGAGACCCGGGCAGAGUUCGCUGAGAGAUCUGUGGCAAAGCUGGAGAAAACCAUUGAUGAUCUGGAAGAUGAGGUCUAUGCCCAGAAGAUGAAGUACAAGGCCAUCAGUGAAGAGCUGGACAACGCCCUCAAUGACAUCACCUCCCUCUAAGACCUGAGCCCCAAAUCCCUGGACCUGGCCCUCUCUCUACUCUAUCCCUCUUUUCUCAUCUUCUUUCCAUUCUCAUGGGGAGGUGGAGCAGGAGGAGUCAAAGCUGCUGACCUUGCACAAAAAGCCAGGCUAGGGCUGGGGGAAUCUGGCCAGAACCACCUUUGCCCCCCACUCCCACCCCCACCUGCCAUUC